AAAUUUUUAUGUCCGAGCGCGAGUUGAGAGAAGUACACGCCCACCCACGUGAGGGAUAUUAGAAGCUCGAUUAGAAAUGGCAGCAGAAUCGCCGGUAGCUGGUGAAGCACUACCUCAGAAGCGUUACUACAGACAAAGAGCUCACUCCAAUCCCCUUUCCGACCACUGCUUUGACUAUCCUGUGUCUCCCGAUGACAUGAACUGGGCCAACCUUUACCCUCCCCCUCUUUCUCCGCCCCCCACCAAAUCCUCGGGGGAAGCUUCCUCAAAUUUGGAUCCGUUUCCCCCCGAGUUCCUUGACAUUGGUUGUGGCUAUGGUGGUCUGCUAGUUGAACUUUCACCAUUGUUUCCCAGAACCCGUAUUCUGGGUCUUGAAAUUCGCGUCAAAGUCUGCGACUAUGUUCAAGAUCGUAUCAGUGCCCUGCGUCAGAAAGCCCCAGGUACCUACGAUAACAUUGCCGUACUGAGAACGAAUGCGAUGAAAUACCUUCCUAAUUAUUUUAAGAAAGGACAGCUGAGUAAAAUGUUUUUCCUGUUUCCAGACCCUCAUUUUAAAAAAACCAAACACAAACGUCGCAUCAUCAACGAAUGCCUUCUUGCUGAGUAUGCAUAUGUAUUAAGAGAAGGUGGUCUUGUAUACACUGCUACUGAUGUAAAGGACUUGCACGAAUGGAUAGAAAUGCAUUUCAUGGAGCACCCUCUAUUUGAGAGAGGAGAAGGGGACGCCGAUCCCAUUUUAGCGCUACUUGAUACUUGUACAGAGGAAGGGAAGAAAGUGGCUCGUAAUGGUGGAAUGGUAUACAAGUCUGUUUAUAGGCGUGUUCACGAUCCUUAUAAUAUUGAAAGAGAUGCUCCUGCUACAAGAUGAUAAGAAUUAUGAAGAGAAUUAACAUUUUAUUUUGUGUAUUGCCGUAUGAAGUACUGAUAUUCAUUUGAGUUCCAUGAGUGCUUGUAUUUAUGAUGAUUUAUUAGUAAUUAUUA